UAGAGAACCACUGGAAGGUUGCGAAGCUAGCGGCAUCAAGAGAAAGGAGACGCGGCGGAGGACGAGGGACAGGCAGACAGCCCUUGCUCACUUUUGGCCUUUCUCGGAAGGAUGGCCGUGCUUCUGUCUGGUGUCUGGGCCCUGCUGGCCUGCCUUGCUCGCCCAGGGGCCACUGAGGAGCUAUUUGAGGUUUCCGCUUGGCCGAGUCAGGCCCUGGUGGGCUUUGGACAGUCGCUGGUGGUCAACUGCAGCACCACCUGCCCGGACCCAGGGCCCAGUGGCAUCGAGACCUUCCUAAAGAAGACCCAGGUGGACAAAGGGCGCCAGUGGAAGGAGUUCCUCCUGGAGGACAUCACUGAGAGCUCUGUCCUGCAGUGUUUCUUCUCUUGCUCAGGGAUCCAAAAGGAUAGAAGCCUGGACAUCACCGUGUACCAGCCGCCAGAGCAGGUGAUCCUGGAGCUGCAGCCUGACUGGGUGGCCACGGACGAAGCCUUUACGGUGAAGUGCCUUGUGCCCCAGGUGGCACCCCUAGAGAACCUCACCCUCACCCUUUUCCAGGGUAGCCAAGAGCUAUGCAGGAAGAGCUUUGUGAGCUCAGCUUUGGCCUCGCAAAGAGCUGAGGUCACCCUCAGUGUCACAGCCCGGCGGGAGAAUGACAGGUGCAAUUUCUCCUGCUGCGCAGAACUUGAUUUGCACUCCCGAGGUGGAGGGCUCUUCCGCAGCAGCUCAGCCCCCAAGGUUCUGCGGAUCUUUGAAUUCUUUCAGAGUCCCCUGAUUUGGGUCCCUUCCGUUCUGGAAGUUGGGACGGCAGCGGCUGUGAGCUGUGAGGUGGAGAGGGUGUUUCCGGCCAACGAAGUUGUGUUCCGCAUGUUCCUGGGAGACCAAGAGCUGAGCCCCUUCCUCACCUGGGCGGGGGACACAGUGUGGGCCAACGCCACCGUUCGGGCCACGGAGCCUGGCGAGCAGCAGCUGUCGUGCGUGGCUUCCCUGGGUCCAGUGGCACAGAAAGCGAGGCAGCCGGUGCAUGUGUACAGUUUCCCGCCACCCAUCGUAGAGAUAGAAGAAUCAUAUGCUCUGGCAGGGACGGAGGUGAACGUAACCUGCUCGGGGCAUACUCUGACGUCUCCCAGCCCUACUCUUCGGCUGCAGGGAGCCCCCGAGCGCCCUGCCCCUGGGGAGCCUGCCCGGCUCCUGUUCAGCGCCACGGCGGAGGAUGAUGGCCGCAAUUUCUCCUGCGAGGCCUCCUUGGAAGUGCGGGGCCAACGACUGGUCAGAACGGCUGUGGCUCAGCUCCGUGUUUUAUACAAGCCUCGGCUAGAAGAAGCUGGUUGCCCCGGCACUCAGACGUGGCUGGAAGGGAAGGAGCAGACGCUUGCCUGCAUCCCAGCGGGAAACCCGGCUCCCGCUUUAGUGUGCACCUGGAAUGGGGUGACUGUCGACCUCGAGGUGCCGAGAAAGGUGGCUCAAAACCACACUGGAAUCUACUGCUGCACAGCCACCAACCAGCUGGGCUCCGUCAGCAAAGACAUUGCUGUUACCGUGCAAGGACCCAGUGAAGGGCGCAGUUCUACCAUGGUCUUCAUUGUCAUUAUCCUCCUUGUCGUGGGUAUAAACACAACAGCACUGUACUUUAACUGUCAGCCCUGCAAGAUACAGAAGAAGAAAUUGCCACAUCAGCAGAAAGAGCCAAGCAAAGCAGAGGAAGACCAGGGUGGUGGUCAGCAGGCAGAAAGGGGCAACGUGCCCAAUUUUUGUCUAGAAACAGGUCUUUCGGUGAAUGAGAUUUCUAUCAUUGGAAUUUCCUAAGGGGGAAGAGUGGACCAAGGAAAAAGGAGGAGACACUGUGAAGCUGUGUUUCUCCUUCAUGUUCUGCCGCUCAGGCUCCUGGGUCCUGGGCAGUGACCCAUGUACAUGUUCUGAGUUUAUUCGGUCAGUAGGGAUUGCAAUUCGGU